UAAUAAUAAUAAUAAUACAGUCAUGUGUUACGCGACCUCAUUUUAUUUGUUAUUCCUCGGGCACAGGUGGAGGACGGAGACGGAGCCUCUGUUCCCUCAUGCCUCUGUGCUUUCCCAGAUGAAAAAAAACUAUGGUUGUGCCUUUUCCUGCUAUGUAAACAGCGGGAGUUACUUGACACUGCACGUGUUGACGGUUGGAUGGCUAGGUUUUAUUCACAUGGCCAAUGCCUCGCCGUGGGGUUCUACCCAAACUUUCCUUUUUGGGUAGACCAGGUCAAACUUGUAUGAUAUUGUACCAAACAAUCUUUGAGGAUUUUCACUGAGGGAAGCGGAUGUGAGACAGAACAUCUGGUCCAUGUUGAUAAGUGGCAGAUGUAUUAAUAAUAGUGAGUCACAGAGAGAGGUUUUAAGUCUCUCUUUGUUUACGGUCUAGCCAGACUGACCAUCGCCCGCCAUGUGUCUCCUCCGUCUUUUGGCUUUUUUCAUUUACCUCAAACUAAUGAAGUGAACUUUUCUGCUUCCCUUUGAAGUUGAUCAAAUGUUUCUUACUGCCUCCUCAUAAUCCUCAUACUCGACCUCUUUGCCCUCACACCAUUCUCUCUCUUUCAUUUGACAUUUUGUAUCCCUCCAUCCACAUUCUUUCUCCUCCCUCCUUUUCCAACUCGGCCUCUCCCGGGGCUUUGUUUACAUUUUUACUGUUCCUCCGUCUCUCCUCCCUGUGCUUGCUGGACCACGAGGAAUGUCGCACUCACAAAGAAUUAAUGUCAAGGAAUCGGCACACAACGAACAUGUUCAUUCAAGUCCGGUGGGAAGACACGGCGCACAAUUCUGAGGUCUGUCUCCACCGCAUUUAGUUCUAAUCUGAAACUCUGCGGAUGUUAUUAAACCACAUCACUCGACCUGCAGAUGUUCAGCGGCAUCAAGGUCUUCCGCUUUGUCUGGAGUUGCAUUCACAUUUUUCCUUCUUGUGAUCAUCUCUCCUACUGGGAAUGGUUGCCAUGCAAACAUCUGUGACGCCCGUACCACGGAUACAAUGCAUUUUCCCAUAAUGCAGCAGUCCUGCAGCACACCGAUUCGGUAGCAUUCUGACUCGGCCCCAUAUCUCUGAGGGCUUGAAUUUCUGUCCUGACUAUCGUCUGUAGUGUUUGUAAAGUGGGCUCGGCAGCUUUGCUUUCCAAGGGUCAUGUGAUCCACAUACUCCUUCGACAGAAGCGAUUCUCUGCCCUGCGGCUGAAUUUCUGACCCCCACUGUUCACUGGGAGCACGCCGGGAGAUCAGGUUGAUAGCAGCAGAAAUAAGUAACAGUCCAGACAUGUCGUCACCCAGGCUUCCAGGGAUGAAGUGACAUAAAUGGGGUUUAUCUGGUAACAUUAUUAAAAUUGAACAAUUUUCCAGCAGCUUACAAAAUCACUGGUUCACUUUUUUUUCUCCUUCAAAUGUUGUAAUGACUGGAAACUCUUGGAAAUUAAAUUCUUCAUUCUUUGCGGUAAAGUUUAAAGAGAGAAUGCAAAUGCUUGUAUAAUUGUACUCUGCUUAAGAACCACACUAGAUUUGAGUUUUUUCUUUUUUUUAAGGACAUCUCUCCCUUCAAUGGUGGUGAUUGUUUCCCAGCAUGGGUUUCUUUAAGGUCAAUUUGGUAUUCAGAGCAUCAAUAUAGCAGCAAACACUGAAAUGUGGAGAUGCAGUGAGAAGGGCGCUCUCUCUCCGUGUCCACUGUAAACCGAGCUUCUCAAAGGACUAGCACUGCUAGUCUGCUAGUGAGCCGCUCGCUAUAUGGCCACUGGUCAAUGUUCAUUAGGCGCUGGCUGUUAAUCUAUUUAUUUAAAAAUAGAAAACAAUUUGACGCCAUGCAGCAGGCAAUUGAGCGUAAUCGUAUUUAGCCUAAUCUAAGUAUGCAACUCUUUGGUCAGACGGUGAUGAGGCCAGACCUCAGUCCAAGGUGCACAUUGUCACAAACAAAGAGUGGCCUGUACAUAUUUAAAUGUAUUUAUUAAGGUUUAAUUCCCAAAGUGUCCCACUCUGCUUAUGGGCUAAACGGUUGGCUAUGCACGCUGUAUGUUUUUUUAUUUUCUUAUUCAUGGGGAAAUGGUCAGAGAUAAUGCAGAUGUCUUAUUUCAUGCAAUCGUUUGAAACGAGGAAAUCAUAGUUAAAGCUUUUUCCCCGACCGAGGCUGUCUGACGAGCUAUGAGUUUAAUGUGCUAAAGUGUUUUCUUCUUCCUUUUCUUCCAGGUAUCCGUAUGGGCAGCAUGGGCCUGUUCUUGCAGUGUGCUACCUCAACCUUCUUCUCACUGAUCAUGAGUCGCUUGGUUCGCCACUUUGGCUUCCGGUGGGUCUACAUGAGCAGCAUGGUGAGCUUCACGGUCUCGGCUUUUGUCAUCUGCAUAUCCAAAAGUGUGCUCUUGGUCACUAUCAUGACGUCCCUCACUGGCUACGCGUACGCCACGCUGCAGUCUCUGCCCUACACGCUCACCUGUAUGUACCACAAGGAGAAAGAGGUCUAUAUGCCAAAAAGGAAAACCCAAAGCUCGCACAAAAACGGUGUUACGGCCAAGCGGGACCCUGGUUAUCUGACUCCUGGGAAAGAGGAGGGCAGAUCGAACCACGUGGCGGGGACUCCCUACGAGCACGCCUUCUUCAGCCAGCCACACGGCCCCAACGGCUCAGCCAACAGCUGCGACCAGGACGAGGUCGAGUCGGGUCACGAGCAACGUGGCGUGGGUUUGGACUUUGCCAUCUUAGACAGCACCUUCCUCCUCUCUCAGGUUUUCCCCACCCUGUUCAUGGGCAUGAUCGUUCAGCUCGCGCAGUCCGUCACCGCCUACAUCGCCUGCUCCGCCGUGUUCGGCACCGUCGCCAUCUACCUGGCCAGUCGGAUCGUCUUUGAGCAGAAGGACCUCAAAAACUGACACUCGCAGGUGCAAAACCAUCUGGAAAGAAUACAAUCGAUCCGUCGGGUUCCACGGGGCGGAAAACCCAACGUUGUGGGAAGUGCUUGUGAGGUUAUGAUAGGGAGCGUCAGGAGUUGACUACAAUAGUGUGCUGUGAUCCGGCUUGGAACAAUUGCGUACAAGAAAUCUCUCCAAAGCAUGCUUGUUUUGAUAUCUUUUCUAUUCAUAUACAUCUCUUUCCUCAGGUAUAACAACAUGGUUUUACUGUCAAAUUUGUCAACGUCUUAUACGCACCUUCUGAGCUUUCAUUGGGUAUUUUAAUGAUUUUAUCCUGACAUCUUCAGAUGUGGGUAGUACAGUCCUUUUUAAACACCCAUACUUUGAAGGGGAGGAGUGAUCGGCCGGGUCCCCUCACCACUAGAUUCCGCCAAAUCCUACCCCACGACCCUUUAAGUGCCAACCUCUUUUAAGCACUGUGCCCUCCGUUUUAAUGGCAGUUUUUUCUUGCCCCUGAGUGAAUACUAAGCGUUCCUCGUCAUCCCACUUCAGACUUUACAAAGCUCCUCCAGAGCCAGAGAAUCUCCACAUGCUGAGUAGUUCUCUCUGUGACAAGUAAAUGGACCUUCAUGGGUACCCCUUUAAAAAUUCAGUUGUACUCCCAUCAUCUGCCCCCCCCCCCCCACCCCCAUCUAGUGCCAUCUAUUAAUUCAUGUUUACAGUUUAACUGUAAAUGUUUUGUACACAAAUUUACAGUAUAUCCCUAUGGGAGUUCUGUUAUGCAACCUGUUGAGGUGAGGUUUAUUUAGUGAUGUAAAAAUGAAAACUGUUCAAGGUCUUCUGUCUAACCAAGAAUAAUCUAUUCUAGUUGUCCAACUAUGCUCCUGAUCAGGACAGUCGUCUCAGGUUAGUACAUUGUUUGUGUUUGAUCCUGUCCUUUUUAAGCCACUACUUAACGUUCCCUGCUGCCUAAACCUUCAUGUUUUAUAGUAUUGUUAAAUGACAAUCCACUACAUCCAGGCGGGCUUGUUACAUAAUGCUGUUAUGUAAACAUGUCGGGGGAUGUUUGAGGGAAGCUCGCUUCAUUGAACCUAUUCACGAAAGACCAAAAAAACAACUACAAAGUAAAGCAGUAAAUGGAAAUAUUGGGUUACUGAAAAAUGAUUUGAGAGUAGACACUGUAUAUUGAUGGGAGCGGAUCUGGGGUGUGCGUGCGUGCGUGCGUGCGUGCGCGCGUGUGUGUGUGUGUGUGUGUGUGUGUGUGUGUGUGUGUGUGUGUGUGUGUGUGUGUGUGUGUGUGUGUGUGUGUGUGUGUGUGUGUGUGUGUGUGUGUGUGUGUGUGUGUGUGUGUGUGUGUGUGUGUGUGUGUG